AUGGCUAAAUCUACAUCAACAAAAGAUAACGCAGCCCUUGGUGUGAUAUUCAUUAUAGUUGCAAUUGUUGUCGCCAUUUGCUGUUCGUGUGCAUCCGCAAUCGCUCUGUUUUUUGUUUUAAGAAAGAAGAAAAAGGAACCGUCGAAUGCCGUGGCACCAGCUCCACAGUCACCAGCAGGACCUCAGAUUAUCGUCGUUCAGGACAAAUAG